GUAGUCUGGCUGUGUUAAACCUUCAGCUGCCUUACUUCAGCAGUAGUUGCGUUAUCCUGCAUUGUAGGAGUUGCAUUUAUGUUUUAAAUAUUUUAAAGUUAAAUAAGUGGGCAAACAGGUGUUAUUACUUCAGUCAUUAGUUAUCAUAAUGGCAGAACAUUUUGAGGCACCGCCCUUUAUACCAGGAGGUCAGGAUGCUAAAAUGCUGGAUGAAGCUGAAGCGGAAAGUCUAUAUUUUAUGGAUGCUCUGAAGAUGAACCAGCUACAGAAUCUACUCCAUGAUGCUCUAAUUUCUACUGCACAUGUAGCUCAGUGUGCAAUAGUACGGCGCAAGGACUGCUCUGUUAGUGCAUGCUCAGUAGGCUUCACGUUAUACACAGACCAGAUUCAGAUGCUACUGGAUGCCUUUAAGAACCCUCCGCAGACUAGAGAAGAAGGCUUAUACUUUGAAGACAAGCAGUAUAAAUGUGUGAGGGCAGACAAGAACUCAAUAUAUGCCAAAAGUGCUAGGAAAGGUCUUGUCCUGGUGAAGACAACAACCCUGCUACUUGUGGCAACAUAUACAGACAACAUGUACCCCAGCGUAUGUGUGGAAGCCACAGAAAAACUAGCGGAUUAUUUCAAAGACAAGGGAAAGUAAGCAUAAUCCAAGCACAUAUGUAGCCAGCAAGCACAGUGGAAUGGAGCACAAAGUCAGUGAGGAUUACAACACUUACAGCUGUCAGUGUCAGGAAAGAUAACAAUGGAAUCUAUCAUGUGAAUUUAUUUAAGACGUGGGGAAAUGACGUCUAAUAUAAAUUAUUUUGAGAGAAGAAGAAAGAAAUAUUUGGUUGCAUGGCAAAGUUUCACAAGUCUUGUUGUCUUGUACAUUAUAGUGUCUCAUACAUCAUGUAAAUAGUCUGGUUUUAAAUGUUAAUUACAGAAAAUGAAAGGACCACAAAGUUCUGUGAUAUGAAAAGAUAUUAUGUGAUGCUUUGAAACAAUUUGAUCAUUACAACCAAGCAUUUACAAUAUUUACCAAAGAUUUUAACUUUUAAGGAGUUGCAUUGGUCCAUUUGUUCUUUUUUUUAUCAAUUUUCUUAUUAAGUUCUACACUGAACAAUAAACUUGUUAUAUGUGUACCUCGUAACAGGGCUAGUAGUCCGUCCUUGUUUACAACUUUUUGAAAAUCUAAUAAAGGGAUUCUGUGCCUUUAUUAUAAAA